AUGAAGGCCACUUGUUCAACGACUAUUCAAGUACGCGCUUUGCGCGCUUUGCCCCUUGCCGUUGCACCUGGUGGGAAGCUACCUGUUCAAGGAACUAUAUGUGAAGGUAUAGCGGCUAAGCGGGCUUGUCAAACGGCUCUUUCCGUUCCCACGCCAGUUAUCGCUGUUUACCGCAAUGACAAGCAGUUUGCGUAUACGUUUUGUGUGAGAAAACAUCACGGCCCAUGCAACACGUUUAACAUGCAGGCACCUAAAAGAUUCUGUCGCCUUAUGUUGACAUCCGUAAACAGCACCAUGAGGCUAGCGGCCCUACUGUUCAUCAUCUCAUGUGUAGUUCGGCCUGCGAAAUCGGCGGUUGACGGUCAUAAUGUGCUGACGCUACGUGGUGAGUUCGUUUGGUGGUGUCAGCUGGCAGGCGCGGACCGCGAAACGCAUGAAUAUCGUUUAGGCAAGGGCAAACUGCGCAUUGCCAUUUGGGGGAGGAGACGUUCGAUUUUUCUUCUUAUGGUUUAUUUCAGUAUGUUGGGUCCGUUCGCGAGGGAGGUCCUCAGGUUGUUUCCCGCUCGGUUUCGAUUUAUUGCAGGGCGCCUGGUGCAGGUCGACCUAGAUUUUUCGCAGAGUUCAGAAAUCUCACCUGACAGGUCAGCCAACAAGGAUACGCACUGCAUCCUUAUUGACGCAAACGACACAGUGUGGGGUUUGAACUUCGGACGUGGCCAAGAGCCACCCAAUUUUCACGGGCUGUUGGUUGAGGUGGACGUGCCUGCAGCGGACCUGGAGGCCACAGCCGCAGGAAUCGCACCGGGGAUUGACCAACGCCGUAGCCUGGCUGGGUGGGAUGCGGCCACGGGACGAGCGAUCAAAGCUUCCGGUAUUAAACCUAGCACCGCGUCAACAACUGCGAGCCGGCGCUCCGUCGCGGGGGAUGAGCCAGCACUGGUGAACGGUGGUCAGCUUACUGUUGUGAAUUGGCGCAACGUAGCAAGCAAGGCCGAACGUGCCGAUGCCCCCGGAGCGGUGACAAGAGAGGCCACAACUACACAGGGCCCUGACCCUACCACCUUCACCUAUAACAGUGGUAGCAGGAUUGUUAUGGACGAUGUCUCAACCGUGGUCUAUAUCCUGGACAUGUGCGAGCAGGGACCUGCCGCGUCCAAGGAGGAGCUUGAGAGCGUUUUGUUAGGAGACCGUCAAGACACCCUACAGUCUUACUUAUCAUACUGCUCGUCUGGAUUGGCCAGGUUCAGCCACGAAAAUGUGCUUAUCCUGGGGCCAGUGAAAGUGCCUUGUAGCGGCUCCUACACGUUCACCUAUCCUGGUACGGAAAUAGAGCGCGAGGCCUUCUGGUACACUUCGUCAUGCCGGCCGCAAGACUACAAGGGCUGGUUACGUUACGCGCAACAGUGGGCACGUGGCAACGGCUACGAUGUUGAUGGCUACCGCCAUCAUGUGGCUCUUGUCUCACCCAAUCAGGAGGACUGGAUGACGGGGGGUGACGGAUUUGGUUCGAGCUGCUCUUGGACAGGCCUAGGCUUCGUCGGGCCUUACGGCAACAGUGACAAUACGGAGUUCACGGAGGAAUACGGCAUGAUGACCUACAGACGGGGCGUCUUCGGAUUUGCCUGGAUAAACGGCAGGUACUGGCGCAACAUUUCAGGCUGGGCACACGAGCUCGGACACAAUUACUACCUGAAACACUCGAUGACGUUGAACUGCGAGUAUUGUGACACAACCAGCGCGAUGGGCUUCUGCUGCGACACACGUUGCUUCCAUGCCCCCCACAUGUGGCAGUUGGGAUGGAGGAAUCCGCAGGAGCAACUGGACUGGUACAGCCUUCCCGCCGGGAUGUGGGUGGAGCGCACUCUGUCAGCGGCCACCAACAGCACGCCCCUGGGCUCCGCGCUGCGGCUAGAGGCCCGGAUGUGGGUGGACAAUGACAUUCGGUCCACAGUGAGGUUUUACCAGAGCUACACGUUCUACACCGCAUAUGUGUGGGUAGCAUACCGGAAAGCUUCGAAGCCGUUCGACGACCUGGAGGAGAGUGUUGCCAAUGUGGUCAGCAUCUAUGUGACAUAUGUGGACAUCGUCGGUGCCACCGCUGGGACGGUCAGGUUGGCAACUCUUAGGCCUGGCGAUAAGCCGUGGCAUCAUGAUGAGCUGAUGCUGCAUGUGGAAGUGACACAGCUCACAUCUGAACGAGGGAUGGAUGUGGCGAAGCUGAAGAUCUGCAGGAUGGAUGCGGUACGGGAAAACACCUGGCGGAGUUGCACGUUUGACAACCUGGACAAUGACUGUGAUGGCCUCGUCAACAUCCAGGAUCCGGAUUGUGCCGCCUUCGCCGACUAUUCGUCCGAGGAGCAGCCCAGUGGGGAGAAAACCCGAACCGAAACCUGGGUGGACACUUCUCCGUCCUUUGUCAUUACACCAGGCAGGCGACCUCCCUCACCGGUCAGCUUGCAGCUGCCACCACCACCGCCGCCGCCACCACCACCACCGCCGCCGCCACCGCCACCACCGCCACAUCGCUUCCACGAAAUGCCAUUCAACCCGGCUCCCGGUAUCUACACACCGCCAACCCCAAUGCUGCCUGCUUACCCUGGGGUGCCGGACCCAACCCUCUCACCCUUUGCAGACCCGCCACAAAGCAUCCCAUACCCUACGAUGCCCAGCACGCAUCCCGGCGUAUAUGCGUCAGAUCAUUUCAGUCCUCCCUGGCCCUCCUCUCCUCCGCCCUCCGACGCUGUUGACUCUUGGGAUCCGUCCUUGAAGGAUCGCAAUGAAUUGUUGGGUCCCGAAUUCAGCACAAAUUCGCCGCCGCCGCAUGUUGGGAUUGAGUUUCCGGAGCUGUAUGGGCCUUCUGUAAGCGAAGUUGAGACUGGCAGGAGUUAUCGCAAACUUGAACUAUCAAGGAAUAACUUCGCACCCACCGACUCGCAAUCGCCCACAGAAGAGCCUGAUGGGACGGCCGCCCCAGCCCGUCACCGCACACUGGCAGGAGUUCUGCAGCUGGGGAGCUGUCCUUGGGCACACCACUCGGUCAUUCAAACCGGCACAGAGCUUCAGGUCCCGACAUGA